UUUCAAUUUUCAUUAUCAAGAAUAAGAUCUUCAAUUCAAAAACUAUUUUUUUCCGAUCACCGGAGAUAACCACAGGAGAGAAGAAAAAAAGAUGCCAAAGAACAAAGGAAAAGGAGGAAAGAAUCGGAAGAGAGGAAAGAACGAAGCCGAUGAUGAGAAACGAGAACUGAUCUUCAAAGAAGACGGCCAAGAAUACGCUCAAGUGAUCCGAAUGUUAGGCAACGGCCGAUGCGAAGCCAUGUGUAUCGACGGAACGAAACGGCUCUGCCACAUCCGUGGCAAGAUGCACAAGAAGGUAUGGAUAGCCGCCGGCGACAUCAUCCUCGUCGGCCUUAGGGAUUAUCAAGAUGACAAAGCUGACGUCAUCAUGAAAUACAUGCCUGAUGAAGCUAGGCUUCUCAAGGCUUAUGGAGAACUCCCGGAGACUACGAGAUUGAACGAAGGUGUCGCCGGCGGAAUUGAUGAGGACGAUGAUGGCGCCGGCGAUGAUUAUAUUGAAUUUGAAGAUGAAGAUAUAGAUAAGAUCUAAAACUUAUUUUAAAAUAUGCCAAUGCAUUUGAUAUUAUUAUUUGAUUUUUUGGAUCUAAAUUUAUUCUAUAACACAACAACAAUGCUUUUUUUUUCCUUUAAAAUAUUAGGGUUUAUUUACAUUGUUAUAAAAUUAUUUUCAUGAUAUUUGUUCUAUUUGAUAAAUUAUGCAUAUCGAGUUUUACAUAAAUUAAAAAUAUUUAAUUAUUUGCUUAAUGUAAAAAAUACGAUAAUAUACUUGAUGCAUAUGAGAGAAAUAUUGUAUUGAUUUGGAACUUUACUAUACAUGAAAAGUAUAGUUAUAUUUAUAUCGAAAUUCAAUAGUUGAAUUAUUAAAAAAAUUAAUCUUACAAAAAUAUUUCUUCAUUAGUUAACGGGUUGUAUUGUUCUCGGAUCAAGUUAGGGUUUUGUCUUCCAACUUUGUUGAGAGUCCAAACUAAAGGCAGGAUUCACAAAAACGGAGUGCCUUCUUAGAUCGAAUCAUGCGUGGCACAUGACCGCCUACUGAGGAAAUGUGAGUGUUGUGCACUUGGUAGGGUUUGAAACCUUGUACCCUUGGUAGAUGGUUGUACGCCACUCAAGAUCCGAUCCAACAAGAUGUUAUCACUUUGUGACUCUUGUGUAGCUCUUCAUAGAGUUGGAAGGUAAACCUUGACUUGAGACAACACCAAACAUAUUGAAAGGUUCGCUAACUUUGAAUAAACGCGCUUUAAAAACUCCCCUAAAAAAGUCAAAAACCCCUCAACAUCAUCAUCAUAAUAAGAAGUCAUGGUGUGAAGGCUGAGAUUUGGAAGUUCUUGAUGUCUUGAUGCUUCUUUGUUUCACCUAAAUUCAAUAUUAGUGAUUAUAUUGUAAUUUUUGAUCGUUAAAGACCAAAUUGUAAUUUCUUAAAGUUUGGUGAUCAACAUAUAAUUUAAAUCAUAUAUAUGUGACUAAA